AGUAAAACCUCAGCAUCAAAAAGUAUUAGCGUCAUUACUUCCUGUGUUACUUGCCAACUUCCUUCUCUUCGAUUUUUACUCGGGGUUUAGAGUUUUCUGUACAGUAAAAAAAUGGCAGCAGUCUAUGAAAAUUAUCAAAUGUCUUCAAAUAACAAGCGCUCUCAUCUAACAGAUAAGGACUCGGAUGAAAGUGAAGUCAGAUCUGCUAAAUGGAGUAAAGUUCUUCUGAUAGUUGUUGGUGUUUCUCUUGUUUUUGCUCUGGGUGUCAUCUGUGCUCUCAGUUUACUCUAUGCGGGUAAAGUCAGAGAGUGUGUCAUUCAGAAGCACAUUGAAACAAACCUACAAGCAGAUCCAAAGCAGAAGUCUUGUAUAUCAGCCAAUGAGUUGGAGCUUUUAGGCAAAUACAACCGAGUUAGAGACUGUCUGUCCUCAUGUACUAAAUUCAAUGCUUCAUCUUGUAAGCUUUGUGAAGAGGGCUGGACAUCAUACGGUGGAAAGUGCUAUUUCUUCUCUUCUGAAACACAGACAUGGUUUAAGGCUCGUGAUUUAUGUAAUGCAUUAAAUGCUCAUCUGGUCACCAUCAACAGCAAAGCUGUACAGGAUUUCCUGGAGUCUAAAAUUAAUGAAACUACUUGGAUCGGUCUUAAUGAUCUGGACACUGAGGGCCGAUGGGUUUGGCUGAAUAACCAGACUCUCAAUGAAACUGCAGUACAGUUCUGGUUUAUAAAGGAAAGUGGGAGCGAGCCGGAUAACUCGGGCAACGAGGACUGUGCUUGUCUGGGAUAUCUGAAUUCAUAUCUGAAGUCUUGGUUUGAUGCAUCUUGUGAAACCAAGAAGAUGUUCAUCUGUGAAAAGAAAUAUUUAUUGACUCUAUAGUGAUGACUACUGAACGAAACCCACUGAUAACAUCACAUAGUAUCUUAGUUAUCACUUAGCUGUUUUCAUACAAUCAUAUGUCUUUAAAACAUUUUGAAUUUACUGGAUUUGUUCUUUAAAUAUAUGCUGAGUCUUUCUAAUAAUUGUUUUCUAUUAUAUUCUAAUUAAUAUAAAAUACAUGUAGUAAAUCAUUUUUAGUAACAAUAAAAAAACUCAU